AUGUCAUCCAAGCGUAUAAGUUUAUUGAAAUUAAUUGAUCUGGCCAUUGGCUUCCCCGUUCCCGGCUCCGUUAGUUUUAAUUUGUUGCAUAAAGUUUUAUACUUGCUAGCCCUCCGGGAUGGUUUUGUGUCUGCCGAAUUGGAUGAAAUUGAGCUAACCGCUGGGAGUGGUAUCGUUGACUUAGUAUCCAAAGGACAAAAUAUAACACCGGAAAACAUUAGCCAGACACGGUUGACGGUACAGCGUAUCCUAAAUGGAGCCAGCGACGAGCACACGCUCAAGAUUACAGGGUCAAGGAUUAUCCUUGCCAACAACGUAAGGGAAAAACCAUCGGCAGCAGGCAACGACGCCAAACAAAUGGAGUCGCGCAUCAGUGCAAUGUCCUCUGUUGUUUCCGAGCUAGAAGAAAAACUACAGGAAAUGUCACAUCAAAAGCUUGGCGAUGAAUGUGCCAAGACAUUGGAACAGCUUCAGAAACGGAUAGAAAUUCUGGAAGGUUUAGUCGAACAGCAGACCUCGAAAGUUACCAUUGAUGAAGCGCUACAAACGGAAGAGCACUCACCUGAAGUAAAAGCCGUCGACGAUCAUGGAAAUGAUGCGCCUGAUGAUUCUAAUGGUUUGAAAAGUAUGGAAAACAUAUCAGUACAACCAAGUACAGACAACUUUUCGGAUGAAAUGUCAAAAAUAAUGGAAUAUCUACGAGAUAUCCAGCAGAAACACGUGCAGCUCGAAGAGGACUUUCAGAAUUUUAAAAAUCGUCAUUCGCGGAUAGAUCUGCAACGGACGCCUCAAGCAGAUGUCGACUUCAACAACGCUUCCUUAGAGCCAAUUAUAAAACGUCUUCAAUCCGUCGAGCAAGUGACCACCUCUCGCUUUUCGAAAAUGGAAAAUUUAAUUAAUCGUCUCUUCCAAGAGAAGGCGAACGACAUUGACAUUGAAUCUCGCGUGCGACAGUCUGUGCAAAUAGCAACGAAGAGCUCUAGUUUGCUUACUGCCACAGAAUGUAUUGAAAAAGAAAUGAUUGAGCAAACUAAUCAAUUCCUGCAAAAUCAGCUAUCACAGCUGUCGGAAUUGUUACAAGAUUCCCAGAAUGAAAUUGCCGCUCUUCGCAACGCUUUAGACACAAAAGUGAACAUAGACUCUUUGCUUCCGGUCACGACGGCUAUCAAUGAUGAAUUGCGACAAUUAACGCUCGAGAUGAAAUCUCUGCCGCGGGGAAUUCGAGCUGAAACAGAAAAUAACAGCGCUGCCGGAACCAAGGUUAAUACGAUUCAGAAUGUCUGCUGCAUAUCCUGCGACCGACCGGCGCAAAUGGUUAGAUGCACUGAGGUACUUCCGAUGCCUCCGCAAGCUCCGGGUGUGAGCCGUGCCGUGAAACCAACUCUUCGUUACCGUCUGGAAGAAAUUCGACGUGGGUUUAAACAGCAACCAGGAAACUCUGUUCGUAAUUUAGAGCGGUUCGAAGAUAUAUACCGGCAACUUGCGAAUGCAAAACAUGGCUCUACCAAGUGA